UUGGUCUUACCCUGCUUUGCCCACUGCUCCAGUUGUAACCCUCACCCCCCUCCUUCUCCUGGUGUAGGUGAACCUGGCAGUGUGCCCUAUUUGUAGAUGAAGAUGUCAUUGGCCCAGCGCGUCCUCCUUUCCUGGAUCUUUGCUCUCAUGUUCCUCAUCAUGUUGGUACUAAAACUGGACUCCAAAAUCGACUGGAACUGGUUUCUGAUCUUCCUCCCUGUGUGGAUUUUUGACACUGUCCUCAUCCUCAUGCUGGUAGUAAAGAUGGCGGGGCGGUGCAAGGCAGACUUUGAGCCGCGGGAGGGCGAGCAGAGCCUGGUGCGGAGGUUGUGGUACCUGAUGGCUCUGCUGUUGAAGCUGGCAUUUUGUCUGUUUCUGUGCUGCAGACUGGAGAGGCUGACAGACAUGUGGGUCAGCGUGGUGUGUGUACCGCUCUGGGUGCUGCUGGGAGGGGCGCUGGUGGAGCUAGGACAUAGUGUUUUCCACUUCAGGAGAGACUGAGCAAGGUUAAUACAAACUGUCCCACUUGCCAUACUAUGGAAAGACUUACGUUUCAUGCAUCUUAUACUAAGAAGACAUAGACUCCAACAUGUUGCAGGAUCACAAAUGUUACACAUGAUGGUGAUGGUCAUAGGAAUCUUCACGAUUUUAAGGACAAUCUGACAGUGGUGGAGUCACUCUAUUUAAGUAUUAAAGGUCUUUAUUGGCACAUAUUUUGGUUCUAGUAGGCUCACAACAUCUACAAUUUAAUGUAAUAAUUUCAGGUGGAUGGCACUGACAGUGAAAUAAAAACUGGGAAAUGGGAUAUUC